CCAGUAUAUAAGGGGAAGUCUCUGUGCGAGGUGUAGAGGAGUGCUUAGCUCCUUCCCUUACUCUACCUUGCUCCUACUUUUCUCUAAGUCAACAUGAGUCGGCAGUUUAGUUCCAGGUCUGGGUAUCGAAGUGGAGGGGGCUUCAGCUCUGGCUCUGCUGGGAUAAUCAACUACCAGCGCAGGACCACCAGCAGCUCCACACGCCGCAGUGGAGGAGGGGGUGGGAGAUUUUCAAGCUGCGGUGGUGGCGGUGGUGGUAGCUUUGGUGCUGGUGGUGGUUUUGGAAGUCGGAGUCUUGUUAACCUUGGUGGCAGUAAAAGCAUCUCCAUAAGUGUGGCUAGAGGAGGUGGACGUGGUAGUGGGUUUGGUGGUGGUUAUGGUGGUGGUGGCUUUGGUGGCGGUGGCUUUGGUGGUGGUGGCUUUGGUGGCGGUGGCUUUGGGGGUGGUGGCUUUGGUGGUUUUGGCAGUGGUGGUGGUGGUGGUGGUGGUGGUGGUGGUUUUGGUGGAGGUGGCUUUGGGGGUGGUGGAUAUGGGGGUGGUUUUGGGCCUGUCUGUCCCCCUGGUGGCAUACAGGAAGUCACCAUCAACCAGAGCCUUCUUCAGCCCCUCAAUCUGGAGGUAGACCCUGAGAUCCAAAAAGUGAAGUCUCGAGAAAGGGAGCAAAUCAAGACACUCAACAACCAAUUUGCCUCCUUCAUUGACAAGGUGAGGUUCCUGGAGCAGCAGAACCAGGUACUGCAAACAAAAUGGGAGCUGCUGCAGCAGGUGGAUACCUCCACUAGAACCCAUAAUUUGGAGCCCUACUUCGAGGCAUUCAUCAACAACCUCAGAAGGACAGUGGACCAGCUGAAGAAUGAUCAAUCUCGGAUGGAUUCGGAACUGAAGAACAUGCAGGACAUGGUGGAGGAUUACCGGAACAAGUAUGAGGAUGAGAUCAAUAAGCGGACAAAUGCAGAGAAUGAAUUUGUGACCAUCAAGAAGGAUGUGGAUGCUGCCUAUAUGGCCAAGGUGGACCUUCAGGCCAAGCUUAACAACUUGCAGCAGGAAAUUGAUUUCCUUACAGCACUCUACCAAGCAGAGUUGUCUCAGAUGCAGACUCAAAUCAGUGAAACGAAUGUUAUCCUCUCUAUGGACAACAACCGCAGUCUCGACCUGGACAGCAUCAUUGCUGAGGUCAAGGCCCAGUAUGAGGAGAUCGCCCAGAAGAGCAAAGCUGAGGCCGAGUCCUUGUACCAGAGCAAGUAUGAAGAGCUGCAGAUCACUGCUGGCAGACAUGGGGAUAGCGUGAAAAAUUCAAAGAUGGAAAUUUCUGAGCUGAAUCGUGUGAUCCAGAGACUUAGAUCUGAAAUUGACAAUGUCAAGAAGCAGAUUGGCAACUUGCAGCAGUCCAUCAGUGAUGCUGAGCAGCGUGGCGAGAAUGCCCUCAAGGAUGCCAAGAACAAGCUGAAUGACCUGGAGGAUGCCCUGCAGCAGGCCAAGGAGGACCUGGCCCGCCUGCUGCGUGACUACCAGGAGCUGAUGAACACCAAGCUGGCCCUGGAUCUGGAGAUUGCCACCUACAGGACCCUCCUGGAGGGAGAGGAAAGCAGGAUGUCUGGAGAGUGUGCCCCGAACGUGAGUGUGUCUGUGAGCACAAGCCACACCACCAUCAGUGGAGGUGGUGGCCGAGGAGGUGGCGGCGGCGGCUACGGCUCUGGAGGUGGCGGCUAUAGCUCUGGAGGUGGUAGCUAUGGUUCUGGAGGCGGCGGCGGCGGUGGUGGCCGUGGAGGCUCCGGCUCCGGAGGUGGCAGCUACGGCUCCGGAGGUAGCAGCUAUGGCUCUGGAGGUGGCAGCUACGGCUCUGGAGGUGGUGGCGGUGGCCACAGCAGCUAUGGUUCCGGAAGCAGCAGUGGGGGCCACAGAGGAGGCUCUGGAGGAGGAGGCAGGGGCUCUGGCGGUGGGAGCUCUGGAGGCUCCUCAGGAGGCCGGGGAUCCAGCUCUGGGGGUGUCAAGUCCUCUGGUGGCAGUUCUAGUGUGAAGUUUGUUUCUACCACUUAUUCUGGGGUAACCAGAUAAAGAGAUGCCCUCUGUCUCGUUAGCUCUAGUUCUCCCUCAGCAUCACUAACACAUAUGCUUGGCAAGACCAAGGUCGAUCUGUCCCAGCCUUACUGGAGAAAAGAGCUAUGGUUAGUUACACCAGCUCAUCCUACUCCCCCAGCUCUUUCUUUUCUGUUGUUUCUCAAUGGAGUAUUCAGAUCAGUGGCAAUCUCAGUCCCCUGGCUAUGAUUCUGCUUUGUGCUUUCCCUGAGAAACAGCUCAGCGAUACACACACGUGACAUUUCAGAGCACCUCCUUAAGCCAGCCAGAGUAGGACCAGUUAGACCCAGGGCAUGGGCAGCUCCUUAGUAUCCUAUUUCUGUGCUGUUUUGAUUUUGUACAUAAGGUGUAAGCAAGUUGUUUGUCUUUUGUGGAGAGGUCUUAAACUCCCCGUUUCCUCAUUUUGCUGCAAUAAACUGCAUUUGAAAUUCUC